CAAACCGGCAGGCAGCAUGUCUUCGGAAGUUCUACUUCAAUUUGAAGGGAAAAAGCUCACAUUGCCCGUUCUUCCUUCGAAUUUUAUUGCCCUGGAAAAGGCCACAGAAUAUGUGCCACUACCAGCAGCACACUUGCAAGCAAAUGUUCCUCAACCAUUCGGCGCGACAGAAGUAUUGGAAGCGUUUGUCACCAACAUCACGACGAUUGUUGAGGGUGAAGAUGUUAAAUCUGUGCACGAUUUAACAUUUAAUUACCAACUUGACACAGGACAUCGAUUUUGGCCCGGAGAUACGAUCGGAAUUUUACCCUAUAACACAGAUAGCGACGUUGAUUACAUUCUAGACCGCUUGAAUUUGCUAUCUCAAAGUGAUACUGUAUGUAAUGUCGGGAUUGACCCAACUACAACUAAGAAGGGAGCCAAGAUCCCGAUAUUCGUGCCUUGUAUUGUAAAUUACCGACGUCUGUUCAAGGAGUGUUUGGAUCUCCAUGCGGUUCCAAAGAAACUCUUGCUACGCUCUUUAACAUCGUACACGACGAAUGGCGACGAUCGACGACUCCUGGAAAUUUUAUGCUCAAAAGAAGGAAAUUCGGCGUAUGAGAAAAUCGUCCUACAGAACGGAACGGGAAUCAUUUCUUUGCUGCAGCUAGUGCCCUCGUGUAGACCUACGGCUGCAAUACUUGUAGCACUUCUUCCCAGAUUAAUGCCACGCCCGUACUCGAUAGCUAACAUGCAAAGGGAGGGUGGCAACCCCACGGUACGCUUUCUUUUCUCGCACAAUGCACAUAAUCCGGGCAUUACCACUACAUACCUUCGGAGGUUGGAAAAAGGAGCAGCGCUAUAUUUUUACUUCCGCCAGAGUAGCGCGUUUGUGUACAAGGAUAUGGAUCUGAAACGAAACAUUGUAAUGGUUGGCACCGGUACGGGAAUAUCUCCAUAUCUUUCAUUUCUCGAGCUGCGAGCAGAUGCUCUAGCAAAAGGCGAAACACUAGGUCGUGCGGAUCUGUUUGUUGGGUUUCGCUAUCGAGAGCGUAACUACCUGUGCAGAGAUGAAAUCGAAGAGUAUCUCAGGGCGGGCGUUUUGGACGCUUGUAAUGAAGCUUUUUCGCGAGAUACCGAUACCCGACACAAGUAUGUCCAAAGUCAGAUGGAAGAAAAGCGUUCCCAAAUCGUUGAAAACAUACGCAACCCUCAUGCACUGUUUUAUGUUUGUGGAGAUUCGAAGAUACUUUUACCACAAAUAACUAACACUGUAGUCGACAUACUUGCCGAAGCAUCAGAAGCAGAAGAGGAUAUCAAAACGCUUAUUAGUGGGUUAAAGAAGGACGGUAAAUAUCGCGAAGAUAUAUGGCUGUAACGAUACAUAAAUUGUGAAUGUAAUAAAUUGCAUGAUAACGUAUAGCUUCAAGCGAUACAAAUGCAUCCAUGCAAACUGUUAAUUAUUAAAAUGAGAAUAUUAAACGUCACUCUCAAUUGUUUCGUGUGAUAUUGGUCAUUAAACAAGGUUCAACUUACCGGAAUCAUCCCAGAUGUUGCACUACUUGCUCGUUAGUUUUCGGAAUUCGGUAAUAAGUAUAUUCGUUGGGCCAAUUUUAUCAUCCUAUGAAAAACUAUAUUCUAAACAUAAACGCUUUUAACAAUAUUGCCAAAAAACACGAUCUACUGCGACAUAGUUCCAGUGUUGAAUGCUGUUUACAAUAUGAAUGGUUGUGCAUGGUUGCGUCCACGUUGGAGAAAAGAAAUACUUCAAAAAAACAUU